AUGGGCCAGAUUAGGAAGGGCGGUACAACGGUGGGACUUGGCGUUGGUGUUUUGGAACAUCAAAGAUGGACAGGGUUUUCGCGGAGGUCGCUCCUCAGAUAUCUCCACAACUACAGAUCGGGGAUCUUCCAAAAUCGAGAAGAUUGGUGCAUAUGGCUAGGUCUCUUCACCUUACAAUUUGUAUGGCACUUUGGCCCGGGGUUGUGGUGUGGUAGGGGAGAACGGGGGAUACUCCCACACAGGAGUUUUGAACAACGUCCGGUUCACGUUUGGCUGGAUAACUCCACCACCACACAGGGUAUGCGGUCGGCGAUGGGGUCAGAAUGCUCGUAUGAUCGAGGGCUUUUCGAUGGAUCUAUCGGCGGGUUCUUAUUCGAAAAAUCGAGCGAGUUCGUGGUGGAGCGGUCGUCUGAUAUAGAGGUUGUGUAA